AUGGGAUUGAUCCGAUCUUUUUUGGUAUCUUUGGCCACUUCUCAGUCUUCAUCAACAACUUCCUUAUCAGUACCCACCACAGCUUCUCCAUCUAUCUUAUCUGCUGUGAAAAAAGAUGUUGUAGAUACUUUACGUAAAGUGGUUGAUGUUAUCAGUCGAUAUGCCGGUUCUUCCUUACCUUAUCAUGCCAAAGUUACUGUGCGUGGAUUUAUCUUGAACUUACCUGGACGAUGGGCAUCCUUGAAUGAUAUUAGAUCAACUACAACCUCACCAUCUGCUUCACCUAUGAUGUCAGCAUCAUCUCCUAUGAACACAACAACAACAGCAAGGACAAUCAAUACAAAAGAGCAAGAUGUCAAUUCUCCAAAACAUGAAGAAACGGCAAUACGAUUAUUGAACUUUGGUCAAGAAUCAGUGGAUAUGUUACAAUCGAUUUCGUCUGUGUUUUCAGAAACCGUGGAUCGUGCUGAAUUAUGGCUGGAUCGUCUCCGUCUUCGUCCUCAUGAAAACAAACAAGAUAGUAUUAUCAACAAUGAUCAUACCAAUCGACCUAUUCAACUCCCACCCAUACAUACUUUGGAUCCCAGCAAAAAUCAUUUGAACGCCUUUGACCGUCAAAGUAGUGUCACUAACCAGUUUAUGCACUCUAUCAGCAACGAACAACAACAACAACAACAAAUGGAUCUUACACAAUAG